AUGGAUAUAGAUGAUAUCUUAGAAGAGUUUGAAACUACUGCCAAGACAGAUCUUAAAAAGACAAGUGUACAUGAUAAUCUAUAUAAUGACUUAAUCACAGCUAUGAUCAAUGAACGAAUGGCUCCAGAACUACUACCAUAUAAGAAAGAACUUCUAGAUGAAGUAUUACAACGAUUAUCAAACCAACAACAGAACUUAUUGGAUUCUCAUGAGUAUGGUGAAGUAAAUGCUUCUUCAGGAGUGGUGUCAAGUGAUUUUAAAUUACAAUUAAUGAUCAUAGAAACAGAUAUAGAAAGAUAUAAUUACUUGGUAAGACUCUAUUUAAGAACAAGAUUAACCAAAAUCGAUAAACAUGCUAUUCAUUAUAUAAAUGAAACCAUGGAAAGUGAUAAGGAGAUACGAUUAUCUCCAGAAGAAGAAGAAUAUAUCAAUCAACAUUUUAAAAUCAUUACUAAACUUUAUAAUAACAGUUUUCUUAAGAAAAUGCCACCAUCAUUAACUCUUUUGGAUGAUACUGCUGGUGAAGAAAGUAUGAUAGAACAUCCCGAUAUCAACAAACAUGUAUUCAUAAAAUCGAUUUCAACUACUCCAAUGUAUAUCAAAUUAGAUGAUGGAGAAGAUUUACCAAUUGAAAAAGAUGGUAUUUACGUUGUGAAAUAUAAUGUUAUAAAGAAGUACAUAGACCUUGGAGAUAUAGUAUUAAUAUAA